AUGGGCGCAACGGACACCUUGUUGAUCACAUCGCAACCCAACAUAUCAUUACGAAAUAAAUCCGUGGUUUCCAUUACUGAACAAACUACACUACAAGAAGAUAAUGCAGACGAGGGAGGUAUCCUACUGCCUAACCAGUCAGACACAGUCAGACACACUGUCCCCGUAUCACUCACAACUAGCUCUGAUACAUCAGAUUAUAAGUGCGCCAAAGUAAAGGACCUUAGACUAGAAAAAAUGGACAUCGCUGAAAUCUUAGACAGAGACAUGAAUGAUGAUUGGAAAGACUGGGAUGAAGCAUAUGAAUCACUUUUAGAGGAGACAUCCUCUAGUGAUGCCGAUUGGUGUACACACGAACUACCACUUAAUCCUGACAUAAACAAAGUGAAUGAUGAAGGAUACACUCCCCUGUACAAAGCAGCUUUAGAAGGUGAUCUCGAGGAGGUUGAGAAUCUCAUUUCACAAGGGGCCAACCUGCAUACACCAAGUAAGGGAGGACUUCGUCCUCUUCACGCAGCAGCUAAAAAAGGAAAUGCAGACGUCGUGGAUUUCCUGAUCCUACAUGGAGCAGACCCUAGUGUCGAAUGUGAUAUGGGUCAGUCACCUCUUCAUACAGCAGCAGCGAAUGGGAUUACCAGCAUCAUAGAAAGUUUUAUUGCCGAGGGGGUUGAUGUGAACCAGAAAGAUAAAACAGGCAAGACUCCAUUUAAUGCUUCUAUUCAGCAAGGGAACCUAGAAGCUGUUAAACUUCUCAUAAGUGAAGAAGCAAAGCAGAGAAGAUGGAAAGGGAUGACCCCACUCUAUGCAGCAUCAGAGUUUGGUCACUUGGAUAUUGUGAAAUUCCUAACAUCAUUCGGUGCAGAUAUACAUGAAGAGGAUGACGAAAUGCGAAUACCUCUUCAUGGAGCCGCUAGUGGAGGCCAUGUACAAGUUAUUGAAUAUCUUAUCAAAAAAGGCUCUGAUUUGAACAAGGCUGAUACGAAGGGAUGGACGCCAUUUGUUAAUGCUUUUAGAAACGGUCAUCUAGAAGCUUUUCAAUACCUGAUGGAUGAAGGCGUCACAAAGAUAGGAGCAUGGGAUGAUUGGGAUGCAGCAGAUGAAACACAAUUAAAUGGACAAAAUCCCGAUAGUAAUGAUGCGCUCCGACCAGAACGACCACACAACCCUGAUAUAAACAAGAUGGAUAAUGAAAGAGGCAUUCCGCUUUACGAGAAAACUUUAAAUGUUCAACACAAAGAGGUUGAAGAUUUUAUUUUACAGGGAGCACACCCGAGUACAUCAAGUAACGGCGGACAACGACCUCUUCGUACAGCACCUAAAGGACAUGUAAACAUCGUGGAUUUCCUAAUCAUGAAUGGAGCGGACCCUAAUAUUAAGUGUGACAUGGGUCGGACACCUCUUCAUACAGCAGCAUUGAAUGGUCACACGUGCAUCAUAGAAAGACUUAUUGCAGAAGGAGUAGAUGUGAACAAGGAAGAUAACACAGGUUGGACACCAUUCAAUGCCGCCAUUGAUAAAGGCAAUCUAGAAGCUGUCGAAUGUCUCAUAGAUAAUGGGGCGAAGAAGAACAGAUAUGAUGGAAUGACUCCACUCUAUACUGCAGCUACAUUUGGUCAUUUAGAUGUCGUAAAAUUCUUCAUUUCGAAUGGUGCUGACGUGAAUGAACAAAAUGAUGAUGAAAUGAUUCCUCUACACGGAGCUGCUGUCAAAGGAAACAUCAAGAUCAUGGAAUACCUCAUUCAACACGGGUCUGAUGUGAACAAAGCGGAUCGGGAAGGGUGGACACCUUUUCAUGCUGCUAUUCAAUACGGUCAUUUAGAAGCAGUCAGAUAUCUCAUAGAUAAUGGUGCCAGCCAGAACAGAUAUGCUGGAAUGACCCCACUUUAUGCUGCAGCUAAAUUCGGUCACCUGGAUAUCGUGGAAUACUUCCUUUCCAAUGGCGCGGAUAAGAAUGAAGAAAAUGAUAAUGGGAGGAUCCCAUUACACGGAGCUGCUAUUAACGGUAACAUGAAGAUCUUGGAAUAUCUCAUUCAACAAGGGUCGUGGGUGAACAAGGCUGGUACAAAGUGUUGGACACCAUUCAAUGCUGCUGUCAAAUAUGGCCAUCUAGAAGCUGUCAAAUAUCUCAUAGAUAAAGGAGCCAAGCAGAACAGAUAUGAUGGAAUGACUCCACUCUAUGCUGCAGCUGAAUUCGGUCAUUUAGAUAUCGUUGAAUUCUUCAUCUCAAAUGGCGCUGAUGUGAAUGAAGAACAUGCUGAUGGGAGGAUUCCUCUUCAUGGUGCUGCUAUCAGCGGUAACAUGGAAAUCAUGAAAUAUCUCAUUCAACAAGGUUCGAAUGUGAACAAGGCCAGUGCGCACGGGUUCACGCCAUUCCAUGCUGCCAUUAUAUGCGGACAUCUAAAUGCUGUCAAAUAUCUAGUUGAAAAAGGAACCAAGCAGAAUAGUUUUGCUGGAUUGUCUCCACUAUCAGUAGCAGCUUUAUUCGGCCAUUUAGUUAUAGUACAGUUCUUCAUUUCCAAUGGAGCUGAUGUGAAUGAAGAAAAUGCUAAUGGAAUGACUUCCCUCCACGUAGCUGCCUUUAAAGGAAAAAUGGAAAUCAUAGAAUACCUGAUUCAACGAGGGUCUGAUGUGAACAAGGCUGUCUGUAAUGGUUGGACACCAUUCAAUGCUGCAAUUCAAUAUGGUCAUCUAGAAGCUGUCAAAUAUCUCAUUGAUAAAGGAGCCAAGCAGAACAGAUAUGAUGGAAUGACUCCCCUGUAUGCUACAGCGGCAUUCGGCCAUUUAGAUAUUGUGGAAUUCUUCAUUUCCAAUGGCGCUGAUGUCAAUGAAGAACAUUAUAAAGGGGGGAUUGCUCUUCAUGGUGCUGCUGCUCGAGGCCAUGUAGAAGUCAUGCGAUACCUCAUUGAAAAGGGGUCUGCUGUUAACAAGACCGAUGAAGACGGCUGGACGCCAUUCUAUGCAGCAGUUAAGAAUGGUCAUUUAGAAGCUGUCAAACAUCUCCUUAGAAAUGGAGCAGUAAAGGAGAGAUAUGAUGGAAUGACCCCUCUCUAUGUUGCGGUACAAGCUGGUUAUUUACAUAUCGUUCGAUUCUUUAUAUCCGAAGGUGCUGACGUCAAUGAGGUAGAUGACGAAGGGAUGAUUGCUCUCCACGCUGCUGCCCGUAAAGGUAACAUUGACAUCGUUAAGUACCUCAUUCAGCAAGGCUCUGAUGUAAACAAGAGAGGCAACAAUGGGCUGACACCACUGAAUGUAGCGAUAAUUGAAGGUCAUUUGAAAGUUGUCAAAUUGUUAAUAUCAAAAGGAGCUAAAUGCUUAACUUACGAAGGUAUGACCCCACUUUACAUCGCUACUCAGUACGGCCAUAUGGACGUAGUGAAAUUCCUCGUGUUAAAAGGAUUCAGCGUGAACGAAGGGACCGAAAGAGGGAAGUCUCCUCUCCAUGCAGCAUGUUACAAUGGUAACAUCGAUAUCGUACACCUCCUACUUCUUAACAAUGCUGAUGUAAAUCAGCAAGAUGAAGAUGGAUGGACACCACUUCAAGCCGCUGCACAAGAAGACCACCUACAGGUACUCAAGUAUCUGUCAGUGCGUGGUGCACACAUAAAGGAUAUGAAUGGUAUAAAUUCGAUACAGGCCUCGCCAAACAGAGAUCACCCUACUCGUCGAAUAAAGGGAAGUUUGAAUACUGAUGUCUGUGCCCAAAUUGCGAUACGAGAUCAACAAUACAAAAUCCAUGAGAAUGCAAUCACUGCAGAAGAUGCGACGGCAUCCUCGACGGACCCACAGACGCAGUCAUGUUCAACACCUACAGAACAAUCCAAGUUCCUGGUGCACAAUAUUCAUGGCGAGAAUGCAUUCAUUCACGCUGAAAUUGAAGAAGAAAGUUGGGAUGGACAGUCGUUGAAAGCUCUUCCGACAGGGACCCAUCAUCAUGAGGAUGACGCAAAUGGCGAGCGCACUCCUUUCUUUGGUGCCCAGCCGAAAUAUCCUGACAAACCUGACCAUGAUCCAACGCAAAAUUACAUGGAAGCUAUAGAUGGCAUCAUGAUUAGGAAACGAAAUAACCAAACCAAUAACAUAGGCUUUCCGAACUCAUCCGGACCUCAGACAUGGCAAUACAGCGGAUUUGAUCCACCAUUUCUUCAAACUCAGAACAACUCCAAGACCAGUGACGAAAUUUCAGAAGACCCGAAGUCGAGAUGGCAACUCUUUACUGAGGAGAUUGGACAAACGAGAAAACAUCAAAAUGAACGUGUGAAUUACGGUGCUGCAUCGGAGUCAAGCAGGUAA